AUGGGAGGAGAGGGCAGCAGCGUGCCUGUGCUCACGCUCACAGGGGGAGGGUCUGGGGGGGCCUGGGGAGUGACAUCGCGCCUGGACAUCUCCGGACGCGCCAUGGAGUACCUCAACUUUUGUUUUGCCUUUUCGUUCUGGGUCAAGUUCGCCUCUUGUGUCUACUCUACUGACUCUCCUCCUGCCCCUGCGCCUAUUCCCACAGAAAAGCUGCUGGUUCUGACAGUGGCCACUGAGGAGACAGACGGCUUCAAGCGCUUCAUGCAGUCGGCAAAGUAUUUCAACUACAAUGUCAAAGUGCUGGGGAUGGAGGAGACGUGGAAAGGAGGUGAUGUCGGCCGCUCCAUCGGUGGAGGUCAGAAAGUGCGCCUUCUGCGGGCCGCCAUGGAGGAGCUGUCUGGACAGGAGGACCUGGUGGUUCUCUCUGUAGACAGUUACGAUCUCAUCUUCGCUGGGGGGCCGGAAGAAAUCCUCAAGAAGUUCCAGCAGGCGAACCACAAAGUGAUUUUUGCAGCAGAGGGUUUGAUUUGGCCCGACAAACGACUGGCAGAGAGGUAUCCGACUGUGAGGGGAGGAAAGCGCUACCUGAACUCCGGGGGUAUCAUUGGGUAUGCUCCGUACAUUAGCAGAAUCGUGUCGCAGUGGGAUCUCCAUGACAACGAUGAUGACCAGCUUUUCUACACAAAGAUAUACUUGGACCCACUGCAACGGAUGAAUCUCAACAUGACCUUGGAUCACAAGUGCCAGAUUUUCCAGAACUUGAACGGCGCUGUCGACGAAGUGCUUCUGAAGUUUGGCACCGACCGCGUCCGAGUCCGAAACACCGCCUAUGACUCUCUCCCAGUGGUCGUCCAUGGCAACGGCAACACCAAAAUGUAUUUGAACUACUUGGGAAACUACGUCCCCAACGCCUGGAACUAUGAACACGGCUGCGGCAACUGUGAUGAGGACAUUGUGGAUCUGACACAGUUAAGAGAACUACCCACGGUGCUGGUCGGGGUCUUCAUCGAACAGCCCACUCCCUUCCUCACAGAAUUCUUCCAUCGGCUCCUCAACAUGGAUUACCCCAGGGACAAAAUACGACUUUUUGUUCACAAUAAUGAGGUCUAUCACGAGAAGCACAUCCAAAGGUUCUGGGAGGCAAACCGGAACGUCUUCAGCAGUUUCAAAGUGGUGGGACCGGAAGAGAAUCUGAGCCAGGGAGAAGCCAGGAAUAUGGGCAUGGAUCUGUGCCGACAAGACUCCACCUGCGACCACUACCUCAGCAUCGACGCCGACGUGAUGCUCACCAACCGGCAGACGCUCAAGCAGCUGAUCGAGCAGAACAGGAAAAUAAUUGGGCCCCUUGUCACUCGUCAUGGCAAACUGUGGUCCAACUUCUGGGGAGCCCUGAGCCUGGACGGUUAUUACGCUCGCUCCGAAGAUUAUGUCGACAUCGUGCAAAGAAAAAGAGUGGGCGUGUGGAACAUUCCUUUUAUGGCGCACGUCUACCUCAUCCAGGGCACCGCACUGAGGAAUGAGCUGAAAGAGAGGAACCAUUUUGUUUUAGAGAAACUGGACCCGGACAUGGCUUUCUGCAGAAAUGCCAGAGAGCUGACCAGUCACAGAGAAAAAGACUCCCCCUCUCCGGAAUCAUUCCAUAUGCUCAGGAGCCCGAAGGGAGUCUUCAUGUACAUAACGAACCGCCACGAAUUCGGGAGACUAAUUUCCACCGCCAAUUAUAACGUUUCUCAUUAUAACAGCGACUUGUGGCAGAUAUUUGAAAACCCAGUGGACUGGAAGGAGAAGUACAUCCACCAGAACUACUCACAGAUCUUCACACACAACUCAAUGGAAGAGCCGUGUCCGGAUGUGUUCUGGUUCCCCGUCUUCUCCGAGACGUUCUGUGACGAGCUGGUGGAGGAGAUGGAGCACUAUGGGUCAUGGUCCGGGGGCAGUCAUGAGGACAAACGGAUCGCUGGAGGCUACGAGACAGUACCCACGGACGAUAUCCACAUGAAGCAGAUCGGUUAUGAAAAAGAGUGGCUGCAUUUCCUCCGAGAGUUCAUUUCACCGGUGACGCUGAAGGUGUUCUCCGGAUACUAUACUAAGGGGUAUGCAGUGAUGAACUUUGUGGUGAAGUACACUCCAGAGAGACAGUCGUACCUGCGGCCGCACCACGACUCCUCCACCUUCACCAUCAACGUCGCGCUCAACAACAAGAACACUGACUUCCUGGGUGGAGGCUGCCGUUUCCAUAGAUACAACUGCUCCAUCGAGUCUCCGAGGAAAGGCUGGACCUUCAUGCACCCAGGACGCCUGACCCACCUGCACGAAGGCUUGCCCACCACCAACGGCACGCGCUACAUCGCUGUGUCCUUCAUUGACCCAUGA